ACUCAAAAGCGACUGCAGCGCUAGUUUUUGUGGUCGUGGCUGCGUGUGAACGACUCCAUUCAUCUCUAGUGUUCCCUAUGAAAGGGGCCUAAUAUUAUAAGUGGCCGCGUGUGAAAGGGUUCUAAAGGGUAACCAACAACAAAGUAUCGCGUCGACAUCAAUAAAUCACGUGUUUGUAGUGUGCAGGAAACACUUAUAAUAUGACCUUGAAGAUAAUGUUGCUAUUCUUGAACUUUUAAUUGAGCUUUCUCUGAGGCACACUCCAAGGUGAACAUCCCUCCCACAUACGAGGACUUGCCUUACCAAGCUAACAGAGCUUCCAAAACAAGUUAAAUAAGGAUAUAAAACCAAGGCGAGAUAACUGCAAGCUUAAUCGGUGGCCGCGGCGUGUCGUCUGCAGUGGUCGUCUGGCAGUGGAGGGGGAGUGAAGUGCGUGGCCUCUCCUGUUCCUCGUCCUCUAAGUUAAUUGGAAAAGAACAUUAACUCCUACAAUACACAAGUUGAAUACCCCCCAUUUACAAGACCAGAGACAGACGUGGAAGUGUUUGCAAAGCCUUAGCCUCAAACGAAGAACUACUACUUCUACCAUUACUACUACUAUUACUAAUACUGCUGCUAUUACUAUUACUACCACCACCACCACCACCACUACUAUUACUACCACUACUACUGCCCCCAGUACUACCACCACUACUACUACUACUACUACUUCUUCUCUUUGGCUUCAACCCCCAUGUAAUACACCUCUUUGGAUACCUCAUUUUCAACCUUCACCAUGACGAACGCCGUGUCGAAGCUCCUGAAGGACACCUCACAGAAGCUCAAUGUCAGCGAGACAACCCUGGCUCGCGGGGGCAUGAGCAUGGUGGUGGCCCUCUACAUAUACAAAGUAGUUUACCCCAGAGUACGGGAAAUACACAUCACGCUUUCCUCGAAGGACCCCGGGGACCAAGACAGAGAGGAAAUCAUAAAGGAAAAGAAGAGAGGACCAACAGUCAAUAAGGAUUUUUUUAUUCAGCUUCGAAGGCUUCUCAAAAUCAUCAUUCCUGGGAUUUGGUCGAAAGCAGCUAUCCUUCUCGCCCUCCACACCGUCACCCUCGUCAGCAGGACCUUUCUUUCCAUCUACGUGGCCAAGCUGGAAGGGCGGGUCGUGAAGUACAUCGUGAGGAAGGAUGUUGCCAUGUUCGCCCUGAUGAUGACCAAGUGGAUAGGCAUUGCUGUCCCUGCCACUUUUAUUAACUCCAUGAUCCGCUACCUUGAGUCCCACCUGGCACUCACCUUCCGCACCAGCCUCGUUCACUACUCCUACAACCUCUACUUCAGGAACCAGUGUUAUUACCGUGUCUCCAACCUUGACGGGCGGCUGGAGAACGCUGACCACUGCCUGACGGAGGAUAUCGGCGCUUUCACCUCCAGCAUCGCCCACCUCUACUCCCACCUCACCAAGCCACUCCUUGACGCGCUCCUCAUCACGUACUCCCUCGCCGCCCUCGCCAGGUCCAGGGGCGGCGCCAGUCUGCCAAGUCCAGUACUGGGGACACUGGUGGUGAUGCUCACUGGGCGCAUCCUGAGGAAGGUGUCGCCCAAGUUUGGCAUUUUGGUGGCUGAGGAGGCUCACCGCAAGGGUUACCUGCGUGCCGUCCACUCACGGAUCAUUGCCAAUGCUGAGGAGAUUGCCUUCUAUGGCGGGCACAAGGUGGAGUUGUCCAUCCUGCAGCAGGGCUACCAGUCCCUGGUGAGGCAGAUGAACACCAUCUUCAACAAGCGACUCUGGUACAUCAUGCUGGAGCAGUUCCUCAUGAAAUAUGUGUGGUCAGGAGCUGGCAUGGUCAUGACCUCCAUACCUCUGCUCACAUCCACCGUUAAUGAAAGUGAGAAGGCUGAUGGAGGUGUGUCAGAGCGCACACAGUACUUCACCACUGCGAAGAACAUGCUGGCGUCGGGGGCAGAUGCAGUGGAACGCCUCCUUACCUCAUACAAGGAGAUUGUUGAGCUGGCAGGGUACACAGCAAGGGUGGGCAACAUGCUGAAGGUGUUUGAGGAGGUGCAGAGGGGCCGCUACGUCAGGGUGUCGGUGAUUUCAGACAGCGAGCAUCGUGACAGCCGGUGCCCAGCCAGCCUCGUCUUCAAGAAUGGGGUGCCACUCAUUAACGGCAUCGUCAAUGAGAGCAUAGACGGCACCAUCGUCAUUGAGAAUGUGCCCAUCGUGACGCCCAACUGUGAUGUAGUGGUGCCUUCCCUCAACCUCACCGUCAAGCCCCAGAUGCAUAUUCUCAUUACCGGUCCCAAUGGGUGUGGGAAGAGCUCUCUAUUCCGUAUAUUGAGUGGGCUGUGGCCAGUGUACAGCGGCCACCUGCAGAAGCCUGUCACAUCUGAUAUGUUCUACAUUCCUCAGAGACCGUACAUGCUGGCGGGAAGUCUGCGGGACCAGGUCAUCUACCCCGACUCAGUGGAUGAGAUGAGGGGCAAGGGCAUCACUGACUCCCGCCUGGAGGAGAUCCUGGGCAUCGUUAAUCUGCAACACCUUGUGGUACGGGAGGGGGGCUGGGACGCGCUGCAGGACUGGAAGGACGUGUUGUCUGGCGGGGAGAAGCAGCGCAUGGGGGUGGCUCGCCUCUUCUACCACAAGCCCCGCUAUGCCUUGCUGGAUGAGUGCACCAGUGCCGUGAGCAUUGACGUGGAGGGCCAGAUGUACCAGGCAGUCAAGGACCAGGGCAUCACACUGCUCACCAUCACUCACCGACCAACACUGUGGAAAUUCCACACACACCUGCUACAGUUUGACGGGGAAGGCGGCUGGAAGUUUGACCGUCUGGACUCUGAGAAGCGUCUCAGCUUGAAAGAUGAGAAGCAUCACCUCGAGACACUACUAUCAGACAUUCCCACCAAGAUGGAGAGAUUGAAGGAGCUGUGCAGCAUCCUGGGUGAGGACUCCCUGCUGGUGGAGGAGACUACUGUCCCAGAUGUCACCAAUGACAAUGGUCUAUCUGAUUAAGGAAAGCAAACCUGAGGACUUCCAGCAUGUCCAGUUAUGGUUGAGGUAUUUGCCCUAGUUGUUAGGACAGUCAUGGCCAGUAGCUCUAGUCAAGACCCUGUUUGGGGCAUUGUACAAAUUUACAGUUGUGUACAGUGUUUUUAUCAAAGUUUUUGCUAAACUUGGAAUUGUUCAAAUUCCCAUAUGUUGGUAACAUACUGACAAAAUCCUAAACAACAUGUUAUAUUGUUGAAUUGAGAUUUGUUUAAAAUAGUGUAGCAUAGCUAGUCUGUUGCACCAUGUUGCAAAAGGUAAGUAAUAUCUGUGAAAGAAACAUACCAAAUAGUGUGUUGUUCUAAAACCCAUUAUAGCAUUUUUCUCUCUCACUCUCACUCUUACUUUCACUCUUCUAUCAUUUUCUAAUCAUUCAUCUGCCUCAGUGUAUUCUGUCACAUUGAGACACAUGUCUGAAGUUACCUGAGAUUUGAAAUAUUAGUAAUAGUCACAGACGUAUAGUAGUUGGAGUGUGGAUGGAUGAAGGGUUUGGAUCAGUGGAACUGAUGAGAAAGAAAAAAGUAAGAGAAUGUCUGGAUGUAGACUACAAAGAGUGUUCGGGAAUUUAAGAAUGGAUAUGAUAAGAAAAAUGGAAAUAAACAAAGCAUUAUACUUACCAUAGCAGUUAAUUAUGCUACCAUAAUGUUAUAUUUAAAGGAGGAAUCGUCUACCUCCGUAGUCUUGCCAUGAUGGAAGGGUAAACUAAGGGUCAGACACGACGGUGCUGCAUGAAGGUGGCUCUUGAGGUAUCAGCCAGGAGCUCCUGAUUGAAAUGGUCACGCUCACAUCUAAUCUUUCAUGCAUCAGCUUUUAGUGGCUUCCAGUGACCCGGCACUGACCAGCCUCAAUGCACCAUUCAUCUCACGGCAUUAUUUAAGCAACACUCCAGAUUUUAUAUUGUGUACAUACUUAAGUUUAUAUAUACAGCUUUUAAUAUUACAGUGAUAGGUUAAAUGUGUCAUAUUCGCUUUGAAGUAAUGUAAAUUUAAAAGUUAAAUAGUAUUAAGUUUUCAAAACUUCAUGUGUUCUUUUUUUUUUUAAUAUAUAAUACAUACAUAGAUUUAUGUAUGUAAAAUUUUGAAUACAUGAUGGAUUUUUUUCCCAUUUCUUUGUCAAUUUGGUGGUGUCAGUAGGGAAGAAUUCCUAAUGUGUUUGUGUGUGUGGGGUCAUGAUGGCAGGAGGUGGGUAAAAGUGUGUCAUUGCUACGUCGGUAACUCUGUUUUCCACAGUCCAGCAUGCAAGGUUGAUCCCCAAGAAACAGAACAGUAAGAUUAAGAAGUAUGACCCAGUGAAAUGGGUCACACAUUUAGUCACACGAAUCAAAUAUUUUUAGAUAUACAAUGGCAUAUUAAGGGAGAUAAGUUGGUGAUCAUAGCCAUUCACAAUACCUAGGCAGCUUCAGAGUUGUGUUACUGCAAAAAGCAGGCUUAUUCUUAUGAGAUGGUAGACAUUGCCUUCUUCCAUAAUAUGAGAUUGGGACCAACCUUAGCUGCUGAUUUGAAAGUCAGAGGUACCUUACCAUCAGUGAGAAAUGAUCAGUUUCAAGGUUCCCAGUGGGUAUUGCAAUUAAUACAGUAGUUAUGAGGCUGUGAUGUGCCAAAUAAUUACCUUGGGGUUUUGAGGGAGAGCUGGGCAAGGGAUGUAAAUCACAGUAAAUAUAGAUUGACUACAAGUUAUGCAUUCAACAAUACCAAAGUUUCUAGUUAACCAUAGGUGUAUACAUUCAAGGUUUUGCCUGAAGUUUCAUGCAAUAUACUCUUUUGAAUAGGUCUAUGGGCAGAGCCAGGUGUUCAUGGAGGAAUCAUUGCAGUUUUUCUUGUAAGUUAUGCUGCAUUAGGUAACAUACACAUAGUUUGCUCAACUACAUACUGUUGUAUGUAUUUAUCUUAAUUCUCCUCUCUGUAAUUGGUCAGUUAUAGCACUGAAAAUCCCUAAACCAACCCAGAAACCAAGACUUGCUAAUAUUCAUUUAGAUUGAGAUGACAAAACUCAGAGCUUGGAAGUAUUAAUGUAAGGGUCAUUCACACCCUCUUUGACAAUGAAGAUAAGUCAUUACAUGCACACAUAAUGAAAGUUCAGGAAGGGGCAUAGUCAAAUAUAUAUACAUCCUCACUUAAUGUUAGAAGCAGAAGCAGCAAGCUUUUAGUUGACACUAGGCUGUCUGGCAAGGUCAGAGGAUGCUACAGAACAUUCAAGGAUGAAACUUUGCUUGAAACCUUUUCUUGAAUUCAUCAUCUGCUCCCAGGGAAAACAUGUCACAUAGAACCAAACUGUAUAGCUCCAUUAUAUUAUAUUUUUAUAUUACUUAUGUCUGUAAGUUAAAUCAAAGGAAUACAUAAGGGCAUUGAAGACCAAUGAGAUUCAGCUCAGGGUAUACUAAAGGUAUUGAGGUGUGGUACAGAUAACUCAUAACAAAAUGUUCAGUUGCAGAGUUAUUGAAUGGAACUUAGCCAUGCCAAAGUAAGAGUACAAUAGAUUUCAAUAGUAUUGCAUGAUUGUACGGUAUGAUAAUAUUGUGCAGUGCAUGAGUAAAGAUGAAGUUUUGUAGUGCAUGAAGUCAGAAUGUUGAAGUUGUAGUGUAAAAAGUGUGAUGGAACUAUACAAUGCCUGAGUACUUUUUUGAAACUACAGUGUACGAGUAUGUACUACAAUUGUUUUCCUCAGCCUUCAGUAUGAUAAUUAAGCCAUAUAAAACUAUUGAAGAGGAUUUGUGCCCCAUCGUAGUGUAGCAGAAUUUUGCCUUUGAUGCAACAUAUCUUUCUCUUAUUGCAUGUAACUUUGCUCUUCCCAUAUUAAAAUAUAUUAAGGCUGAAAAUCAGAUUUUAAACCUCCAUCUCAAUUUUGGCAAUAACACAAAGUCAAAGUCCCUCAGUGCCUCUUAAUAAAUGGCUUGAUUUUGUUCAGGUUGGUUCAACAGGUAAUACCCGCCCCUCCGUCUCAGUAGUCACCAAUAAGGUACGCUCUGCUUCGCAUUGUUCAUUUCGAGGAAUCAGGAAGAGGAGCUCAUCAGCCACAUAAACCGUUCCAUUUAGUCAACCCGGCUGAUGAGACAGAGCUGAUCCAGAAGCUAUUACAAGACAGCCAGACAGACUUUUUCCUUUGGUAGUGUCAAAGGGAUUGUCAGGUGAUGCUUUUGUGUUGCUUUUUUUAUGGUCAGUGAGUUUUGUACUCAAGCAUUUGUAGUGCCCAAGUGUAUUUGUGAUUAGUGUAUUUUGUGUAGUUUUGUUUGGGUGUGUGUUUAGUCUGUCGAAAUUUGCACAGCUAACAAAGUAUAUACAAAUAAUUAUUCCUUUGUGAUAAUAUUGAUUUUAGCACCAUGCACUUUUUCUAGUUAUAUUCCAAAAACAAUAUUUUAGAAUUUUAGUGUGUUUUUAGCAGCGAAUGGUUGGUCAUGGGGCGUGAAGAGUUUGCGCCAUUGCAUUACUUUAGUGCGAAGAGUGUUGUAUUCCCGUUACAGGGUUGUUCCUGUAUUGGCCUUAUAAGGGCUCGCCUCGCAUAGGCCUACUAGGUGAGUGUCUGUGUGCUAGGCCUGGCGAGGGAGCACUACCCUUAAGGACUUGUUGUGGCUGUAUUUGUGGAGGAUGUCAAGUGUGUGAUUUAUCCCGAUUAAGGUUUCUCCUAAUGGAACGACGCGUGCAGUCCAGCAUAUUAGAAUUUAUUUUUACUGAGAAAAUCAGGUAUUAUUCAGUUACUCUCUAAUGUCAAUAUGUGAUACUAAAUACCUACCAUGUUAUCUUAAAGCCAUAUGAUACCUAUUAGUAAAAAAAGUCUUGCCUC